UUAUAGUACAGAAAUUAAAAAAGGAAGCGAAGACCAAACGUGAAUUACAGCUUUGGACUCUCCGAAGGACGCAAAGAAGAACGGAGAGUUUCAGAAACUUCAGAAAGGUUUUGCGUUUUUAGUUGCCAAACGCCGUCGUUUAAUGGGCGAUGAAAAAUCCUCCAUGGCCAUCACCACUAGAGACAGAGAUCGAGAGCUUCUCAUCCCCGUCGCCGACACCGCCGCCGCCGCCGCCGCCUCACUUUCCCCCAAGCCGUCGCCGUCAUCGUCCGCGCAUCAUGCUGGACGCGAGACUUUUUUCAAAGUUAUUAGAAGCUGGGCAUCAAAAAAGUUCAUGACAGGAUGUGUCAUUCUCUUUCCAAUUGCUAUCACCUUCUAUAUAACAUGGUGGUUCAUUCAUUUUGUGGAUGGAUUUUUCUCUCCUAUCUAUGCUCAACUUGGAAUUGAUAUUUUUGGUCUCGGUUUCAUAACUUCCAUAACUUUCAUCUUCUUGGUUGGGGUUUUUAUGUCAUCAUGGUUGGGUGCAUCUGUCCUGGGCCUUGGGGAGUGGUUUAUCAAGCGAAUGCCACUUGUUCGUCAUAUUUAUAAUGCCUCCAAGCAGAUCAGUGCUGCUAUCUCUCCAGAUCAAAAUACACAAGCCUUCAAAGAAGUAGCCAUCAUCCGGCAUCCACGCAUUGGAGAAUAUGCAUUUGGGUUCAUCACCUCAUCUGUUACUCUUCAGAACUAUUCUGGAGACGAGGAGUUAUACUGUGUCUAUGUUCCUACAAAUCAUCUCUAUAUCGGUGAUAUAUUUCUAGUCAACUCCAAAGAUGUCAUUAGGCCAAACUUGUCAGUUCGAGAAGGAAUUGAAAUUGUUGUUUCGGGAGGCAUGUCAAUGCCACAGAUCCUAUCAACGAUAGAUUCACCCAUCAUACCAGGGGAAAUAAGUAGAAUCAACAGAAGCUGAGAGUGAAGAGCAAAGUAGUUAUUCAUGUUUCUGUUCCUUGGUGUCAUGUGAAGCCAUCAGAAUGACAAUGCAAUCACUGUGUUGCGGAUGCCAUUAUUGAAUUUACGUGAUUGAUCGCUGAGAAAGUGAGACUCUGAGGGCUUGUGUAACAUUGGUUUGUGUAAGAAUGUAGAGUUUAGCAUUUAUUUGAUAACCAUACAAAAUUCUAUUCUGUGGUUGGAUUCUCGGAUUUUUACCUGUGUAUAAUGUACUGGUUCUCCACCUGUUAUAGCAAUUCAAUUUUGUAGCUCUCAUUCAUGGCUUUCAA